CGCUGAGAUCGUUAUUAAACGAGAAGUGAACGUUGUUUGGCAAGCAUCUAAAAGAAAAAGAAUUAUUCUACGAGAAUUAUAUUUUUUAUAUUAAUAAAGAUUAUAUUUUAUCCGAGUUGACGAUGGCGCUAAGAAAUCGACAAGUGCUUAUGAAUGUUAAUAAAGAAAAUGUUGCAAAUUCAAAAUCAUCUAUUGCUACAAAGACAAUAACAACUAAGAGACCUGUAUUUGGAGAUUUAGGAAAUAAAGUAAAUACACAGAGAGGUGUUGAACCAAUUGGUAGAAGUAGUUUGUUAAAGGAAAAGAAACAAAUCAUCUCUAAAAAAUAUGAUACUAAGCAAGUUGGUAAAACUUUAGAAAAAAUUAAUGAAAAGCCAGUUACAAAAUUACAAGAAAAACCUGCAAAAAUACAAGAGAAAUCACAAAUGCAAAUAACUAAACCUUCAAUCCAAAAUGAAGCCCCCAUAGAAAUUAAUCAAUUAUCAUUAGCUCCUACCAUAUGCAUCAAGAAAGAAAAAGAAUCAUUUUCGUCUGAUCUUAUAACCAUUGAAAAUAUAGAUGAAACUGAUAAAGAAAAUCCAAUUUUAGUUUCUGCCUAUUGUAAUGAUAUAUAUGAAUAUUUAAGAAGUUUAGAACAAAAGUUUCCUAUUAAAAAGGAAUAUUUAACUGGUCAAGAAGUAACACCCAAAAUGAGAAGUGUUCUUGUAGAUUGGCUCGUUGAAGUACAUCAACAAUUUCAUCUUAUGCAAGAAACUUUAUAUCUUACUGUAUCUAUUAUCGAUAGAUUUUUACAGUCAUAUCAGACGAUAGAUAGAAAAAGAUUACAACUAGUUGGUGUAACAGCCAUGUUUAUAGCUAGUAAAUAUGAAGAAAUGUAUUCACCAGAUGUUACUGAUUUUGUAUAUAUAACAGACAAUGCGUAUACAAAAUCUGAAAUCUUAAAAAUGGAACUGGUCAUUAUAAAAACUCUUGAUUUUUCAUUUGGACGACCACUACCACUUCAUUUUUUAAGAAGAUAUAGUAAAGCUGGAAAGGCACUUCCUCUACAUCAUACCAUGGCUAAAUAUUUUUUGGAGCAGUGUUUAGUACAUUAUGAAAUGUGCCAUUAUUCGCCAAGUUUGAUAGCAGCAGCCGCCAUAUAUUUAGCGUUUAUAAUUUUUGAUAGCAACGAUGAAAGUGAAAAUAAGAACAUUUGGACGAACACUUUAGAAUAUUAUAGCACUUAUACUAAAGAGGAUAUAUUACCAGUUGUAAGGAAUAUUGCUGUGAUUAUAAAUGAAGCAGACAAAAGCAAAUACCAAGCUGUUAGGAAGAAAUACGUAAAUGCCAAAUAUAUGAAAAUUAGUGUUCGUCCAGAACUUAAAUCACCAAUUAUAGUUGCCCUGGCACUAGAAGACAGGCAAACUUAAUUCUUUCAUAAUAAUCAAUUCUUUUAUUUUAUAAAAUAAUGUGAUCAUUGUCAUCAACAACACAACACCAACAACAAAACGAAAAUGUAAGAAAAAAUUCUUCGUCAUUAUUCAAUGCCAUAAAACAUAUUAAUUAUGAUAUUCCAGUUAGUGUUAUAAUUAUACAAAGGACCGUAUCACCUUAAAUGUAGACUAAAUUAUAGAUAGUGUCUAUCGUGUGUCUAUUAGACAUUUGACACAAAUAUUGUUUAUAAAAGCUUGCAGCCUCGUUUACACAAAGGUGUGUUAUGUACGUUUAGAGGAAUUAUAUACCAUAAUUUUUUAGAAUAAAUAUAGAAUAGCAUGAGAAUGUAGUGAGAAGAAUAUAUUUUGGACUGUUAUAGUAA